UCCAUGGCCUGGGGUACCCAUACUUAUGCUCGGUCCCUACCACCCUUCUCACAACCACACCAGCCGUCGAAGCUCAGUGUUUCUGACUUCUUCUUGUCAUUUUCUGUGUCCAAGACGAUGUGGCCAUGUGUGCUGGUUCUCUCACUCCUGAUGACUACUCUGGUCAGUCCUGUGGGUACAAACAAUAUUUCUGUUCCUGAUCUUCUGAACACUUCGGACCACAAAGUCUUCAACACAGCGGGCAUGCUGGGUCGGCUUGGAAGUGCUGACCCAUCGCCUUCUGCUCUGACCCCCAUCAUUGAAUUCAUCAACAACAUGAUACAAUCAUUCCCGUUGCCUGAAGGGUUGUCCUCUCAGUGUCGUCUGGAUUUGGUGGAGUUUAAGAGAGGAGUAAACAGUUCUGAACUCUGGGCUAUACAAAUGCUAGACGCCAUGGGAAAGCCACAGUCCGGAGUUCUGAAAGGUCAGAAAACAUUUGUGGGUCAGUACGAUGAAUGCCGCGAGAUUUCGCAUGAGACACAAAAUGGUCACGUGAUCCAGGGCCAGCUGUGCACGCCGCAAGUGCAGAUGAAUUUUUCUAGCUUUGGCGAGAAAGGGGAACUACUCAAACUGUUGUUGGAGCACCUGUACAUCGACGUUUGUCUUCCGGAUUCUUGCUCCGAUGAAGAUGUCUUCAUGCUUUUUCAGGGCCCGGCAGCCUCCCUUGGAGUUAACCUAACGGCAGCUUCAUGCAUUCGAGACAAGGAUCCGUCGGGUGACGCACGAUUUUGGAUCGCAGUUCUGCCUUUGGUAGUUGUCGUGAUACUCGCCGUACUAGGAACAGCCUACAACAUCCUGCUGGAAAAGAAUGACAAGAAAGAAGAGAUUGAUCCAACGGAUGACAAGAGACCGCCAACGGAGGAAGGGAAAGAAAGACACCACGUGACAGAAAAGACAGCCCUGCUGGGUACGUACGUCAACCGAGCCUUCGAGGGCAAACCCGACCAACCCGGAAAUGACCCUCUGGCGGCUGAUGUCGAACUUGUCUGUGAAGAAUCUAACUCCACCAAAGUUAGAGGACUGGGCAGUCGGCUGCUGCUGUGUUUCUCCGUGCUGGACAAUGGAAGAAAGUUGCUGGACUGCACCAAAGGUGGGGCUGAACUGUCUUUUCUUAACGGCCUGCGUGUCAUUAGCAUCACGUGGGUCAUCCUCGGCCACUGCUUCAUCAUUCCGACGACCCUCAAAGAGAACUCACUAGGAAACAUCGCGGACAUGGCCUACAUAACAAAGAAGUGGACCGCCAUGGUUAUGGUCAGCGGAUCGCUUUCUGUCGACAGCUUUUUCGUGAUGAGCGGGUCGCUUGUCUCCUACAUCUUUCUGAAACACGCUCAGACUAAUGGAGGCAUCACCCGCAGAGGCAUGGUUCUAUAUUAUCUGCACAGAUUAUGGAGGCUGAUCCCACUGUAUAUGAUCUUCUUCGUGUUUUACAUUGGAAUUUCUCCCUACCUUAUGGUUGGUCCUUACGACAACUCGGAGACACAGGACAUUCAAAGCUGCAAAUCCAACUGGUGGCACAACGUUCUUUUUCUCAACAACAUCCUCGGAGAUGUUAAGUGUUUCGAGUGGAGCUGGUACCUGGCCAACGACAUGCAGUUUUACAUCAUCGCACCGCUGGCUCUUCUACCUUGGGCUUAUGGAAAAAAAAAUAUCGGCAUUCUUGUCUGCCUGUGCCUCGUGACCAUACACUUCGUCAGUAACAUCAUCCUCUUCCAUGAUCCGAACUUUGAUGCAACCAGUCCGAGCAAAGAGGAAUUACAAAAAUAUAAGAGGACCAUUUAUUAUACUCCUUGGUCCCGUGUUGGGACUUUUGCCAUCGGUUUGCUGUUGGGAUACGAGUUACACUUAACCGGAGGCAACUACAAGAUGAAGAAGAUGACAACAGCUCUCGGCUGGCUGGUUGCAACGGGUGCAGGCUUAACAUGUGUUUAUGUCAUGUUCGACACCACCAAAAAUGCUUACAAGGAGUAUCACCUGGCCUGGAACAAUAACCAGUUCGGUGCCUACGACACACUCAGUCGACCCGUCUGGGCAUGCGCAGUCUCCUGGGUCAUCUUCGCCUGCUUCUCAGGCUCAGGAGGCAUUGUCAACACCUUCUUGUCGUGGAGCGCGUGGAGGCCGUUGUCGCGACUGUCAUACGGCGUGUACCUGUGUCACAUGAUUAUUAUUUACAUCACGUUUGGGAACAGGACCACGCCUUUUAUAUUGACACAAUGGAGCCUAAUGGAGACGACAGUCUAUGUGACUACACUGUCCUUCCUGGCCUCCUUCGUCUUCACACUGCUUGUGGAGUCGCCUAUCAUUGGCUUGGAAAAAGUGUUGCUACCCAAAUUUAUAUAAAAAAUGCAUAAUAGACUAUUCAACACAGAGAAGAAAAAGUACUUUAGUGUUUUAAUUGUUUGUCGUUUGCUUGCCUCCCUUUCAGCGUCUCCCAUUUCAAUAUAUUCAUAGACGAAAAAUCAUUAUACGUUAUACACAAUUUCCUGUCACAAUAAACAAGGGAGGACAGAAAACACAUCCAAAGGGGGCAGAGAGAGAGAUUAAGAAGGAAGACGAGAAGGAGCCGGUCACGUGACGUGCGAUGACACUAGUGGGCUGUAAUUCUUCCACCGACCAAAGUACAUAUAACAUGCUCCUCUUACCUCCUCCAUUCAACAGAUCAGUUACCGUAAAGAUAAGCUGAUUAUGAUUUAACGAGAGAAAAUAAAGCUGCACAUUGGCCCACAGAGUUUUUGACCAGCAAGAAUAAAUGACGAUC